AGGUUGAAUGAAGUUGGACAUCUUUUAUAUACAUUCGAAGGCAAUCAGCUGAUUGUCAUUUUGCAGUGUGCAGUGUAGACUCGUGUGAAACAUAAGACAGUAUUUUCUUAAUUUCUCUUACCAGUUUCUCAAUGGAUCUAUUUUAUUAUGGCUGCUAAAGAGGAGGUAAACAAUGUGACAACCGAGACGAAGAUUGAAGAGACGCCGGAUUCAACGACCGAGGACGCACCGACUAGUUUAGAAACCAUCCCUGAGGGAAACGCGGUACGAAAUGGUCUUCAGACAGCGCAGAAGGAUAAAACAAAGAUUGAUAUACUCCUGAAGGCUACUGCCAAUGCUCCGAUUAUGAAACAGAAAAAAUGGUCGGUCUGCCAAGAUAACCCUAUCGGACGAAUCUCCGAAUUUAUCAAGAAGUAUCUUAAGUUGGAUCCCAAUGAGAGAUUGUUCCUUUAUGUUAAUCAGACAUUUGCACCUGCUCCCGAUCAGACAGUUAAGAAUUUAUAUGAUUGUUACGGUGCAGAUGGAAAAUUAGUCAUCCAUUAUUGUAAAAGUCAAGCCUGGGGUUGAAUUGUCAAAGUUAAUUUUUACCAUUAAAAGAAUAAUAUGCAAAUAUAUGUAUACAUAU